UAUCACCACACGCCUCGACGCCCAACUACUAACGUCGCAAACAUGGCUGUCGGCAAGAACAAGCGCCUUUCAAAGGGAAAGAAGGGUCUCAAGAAGAAGACCGACACCUUCGCGAAGAAGGACUGGUACAACGUCAAGGCGCCAGGAACUUUCGCGAUCCGAGAUGUCGGCAAGACCCUCGUCAACCGCACCACUGGUCUCAAGAACGCAAACGAUGCGCUGAAGGGCCGGAUAUUCGAGGUCUCGCUCGCCGAUCUCCAGAAGGACGAGGACCACGCUUUCCGCAAGGUCAAGCUCCGCGUCGACGAGGUCCAGGGCAAGAACUGCCUGACCAACUUCCACGGCCUCGACUUCACCUCCGACAAGCUCCGCUCGCUCGUCCGCAAGUGGCAAUCCCUCAUCGAGGCCAACGUCGUGGUCAAGACCACCGAUGAUUACCUCCUCCGCCUGUUCGCCAUUGCUUUCACCAAGCGCCGGCCGAACCAGAUCAAGAAGACCACAUACGCUGCCUCGUCCCAGAUCAGGGCGAUCCGCAAGAAGAUGAUCGAGAUCAUCCAGCGCGAUGCCAGCUCGUGCACUCUUGCCCAGCUCACCCAGAAGCUGAUCCCCGAGGUUAUUGGCCGCGCCAUUGAGAAGGCCACCCAGGGCAUCUACCCUCUGCAGAACGUCCACAUCCGAAAGGUCAAGCUCCUCAAGUCGCCCAAGUUCGACCUUGGUGCUCUCCUUGGUCUGCACGGCGAGUCGAACCAGGAUGACUCUGGUCAGAAGGUUGAGCGGGAGUUCAAGGAGACAGUCCUUGAGAACGUGUAAACAGUCAUGGUUGAACAGGCAGGGGUUUUUCAGGGUCUUUCAACUUUCCGCGGCAUGAUAUGGGCAUCCAAAAGGUGUUAUGUUUACAAAUGAAUGGUCAAACAUACACCUUGAUGUCUCUCCGCGGUACUGACGGCGUGCAUGGAUGCAUUGGUCGCAUCUGGUAUUUAUGUGGCGGUGCGGGAAAAGUGCAAUCACGGAAAUGACAAUGACAACUUACACCACUUUUGGGUCCUUUGCUGUCAGUUGCUGCUAACAUCGUCGUUGGUCCAGGCAUUCGCAUCACCAACGCGUUAUGAUAAUUUCUUUUGUUUACAUUCUCUCUGCCUGGUUUUCUUAUUGUUGUUCUUCGUUCGUGGUCAUGUUCCUACUCUUGAUGCCUUCAAACUUCUCGUUGUCCCAUGCCUUGUUUUGACGUGGUCAUAAUAAAGCAUCUCACUUCACGUGCACGACAACAUUCGUAGCAUAUUUCAUUAAGCCAUCAAUCC